UGAAGGCUUUAGUGGAAUUGAAAAUGAGUCACAACUUGUUGGGACGCUUACCACAAGGCAUUGAAAAUGUUCGAAAUCUUAGUAUUUUGGAUUUGUCGUAUAACAAGUUAAUAUAUCUGCCAGCAGGGAUCACUAACUUGCGACUGCAAACUAUAGAUAUUACAAUGAAUCCAUUAGUAGUCAUCAGUCACCCAAAAUGGGAAUGUGAACUAAUAAUGCCAAGCCUUACUCAAUUUGCAGCAAAAGCACUGCAGCGAUAUUGCAAAGAAAGAGAUGUAAUUUUCCGAUUGAAUGAAUUGAAUGAAUAUAUAAAUAGAAAUACAAUCGAUAAUUGCUUCUAUUGCGGAAACAUUUGUACAACUCCCUACGUAUACGCAACGAGGCCAUUGCAACCUAUAUUUGAAACAGCUGAAAAGGUAAUAAGACAGACAUCAGACAUGCCAAUAGUAUUAUAUGAAUUUUGCUAUUGCUUUCCUGAAUGUAAGGAGAAUUAUUAA